GUCGGCCCUGGCCCACCCCACGACGGCCCGCCGGGCGUCGACGGGGCGGGAUGACAACAUGCGGCGGGCCGAUGUGGAAAAGAGAGAGAGGCAACAAUCAUGCAUGCGCCUACUGAUCUAGCUUAGCCGAGGUACCUUGCGUCCUUCCAUCCCUCUCCUCGCGUGCGUGUAAACUCCGCCCGCCUCUGCUGAAACUCUCGUCCGACUGUUCCGGGGGAGAAGAGGGAGACGGCUGGAUUGAGCGCAACGGCGGCCGGCGUUCCUCGAGAAAAUGGAGCCGUACGUCGUCGCCCCCUAUCUUCGCGCCUACCUACACCGAUUCGCAGCUUCGGUGUCCGCGGCGAGCUGCGACGCGGGGGAGGUGGGCGGCGAUGUAUGCCGCGACGAGGAGGCCGCGUUGCGGCUCAAAAUGGUCGCCGUCGCGGCCAUCCUUGUCGCGGGGGCCGCCGGCGUCGCCAUCCCGCUCGUUGGCCGUAGGUGGCGUGGCGCGGAUGCAGCCGGUGGUGGCGGGUCGACGUUCGUGCUAGCCAAGGCCUUCGCGGCGGGGGUGAUCCUGGCCACGGGGUUCGUGCACAUGAUGCACGACGCCGAAGAGAAAUUCCAGGACCCUUGCCUCCAGGGCUCGCCGUGGCGGCGGUUCCCUUUCGCGGGCUCCAUCGCCAUGCUCGCCAGCCUCGUGACGCUCGUCGUGGACUUCCUCGGCACCCAGUUUUACGAGUGCAAACAGCGCGAGGCCGCCGCCUUCGCCGCAACGAGCGCCCAAGAUGAGACGGCGGCGUCGCUGCUGGAGGACGGGAGGAAUGCAGGGGGCGAGAAGCGUGAAGGAGGGGUGCACGACGGCCACGGCCAUGGUCACGGGAACGAGGCGGGCCCGUCCCAAGCUCGUCAGGUGGUUGUUUCCCAGGUACGAAGACAGUGGUUACCCAGCAUAAUCGUAAUGAACUCAUAUACGGAGUACUAGUAUCACUUGCUUAGUUGCUAAACAUGUUUUUCGAAGAUGAACGAACUUAGACAAAUCUUACCAUUAAAGAAGGAGCGCGCAUAUACUCUUGGUGCAACUUCUUUAAUACAGUAAAGCUGUAUAUCUGAAGUUCUGAACAGACGGGGCUAGAUCUGCUGACGCUUAUGUUUGUUAUUAAAAUUAUUUAUACUUUCACACAGUUUGUUAUAUCUGCUCUAUGGGUUAUAAAUAUAGCAAAAAUAAAAUGGUAUAACCUCCAUCCGGAAUUUACCGUCGCUAAAAUGAGUGUAUCUAGAUGUGUUUCGUUGUGUAGCUGAAAUAAGUGUAUCAGACGCGUUUCAGUGUGUAGAUACACUCAUUUCAGUGUAAUCUUAGCCAUCCAAAUCAUUCUAAUGGCUUGAAACUAAGUUGACUAUCAGAAAUUUGGUUUGGAUUGCACAUUUAGUUAUCCUUUAUGACUAAUUUCCAUUUGUUAGGAAAAUGGCAUACUCUAUUCAUCAUUACUUACCACUAAGUUACUAUGCUAUUGUUGCUAACCUUAUUUGUUGCUCCAAACAAUGAAUUGUUAUAAAAAAUGCCUUUCCUUAUUAUAGUUGUGCGAAGUUAGAUAUCUAAGAAAAGGCUGAGUGUCCGAAUCUGAUGGUAUGCUAUAGUAAGAGAUGUAGUUUAUAUACUGAACUUAGGUAAAUGACAAUACCACUAAACAAGCAGGAAGUGGCUAUUCUGCACCCGGGUGUGAACAGUAAAAUAAAAAAUUAUCAAACAAAUUAAAAAAUUCAAUUUUUUUGUGCUGCAAGAUGCUCAAAUGUGUGAGGUUCGUGCAAAAUUUCAGCUUGUUUGGACAUCCAAGGAUCUUGUGGCAAAAAGGACAAAAUUUGGGUGUGUGAGGAAGUUUUGAAAUCAACACUAUUCACACUAUAUUUUGUCUUUAUUGCCAUGAGCUUCUCAAAUGUCCAAACAAGCUAAAAUUUUGCACGAACAUCAUGCAUUUGAGGAUCUUGCACCACAAAACAUUUGGAUUUUUUUUGGUAUUUUUUAAGAUUUUUACUAUUCAUCGGGUGUGAUGAGCCUGGACACCGAAUUGAAUUUUCGGGCAAAGUGAUUAUUACAUACCUACUGCGAGUGUAACCUUUUUUUUGUUAAGCUACACCUAAACUAACACGGCUAGAUUUGUCGGUCAUUACGUUGAUAGUGAGUACUAUAUACUUUGAAACAAUUAGUUUAUUUUACUAUAUGAUUAAACCUAGCCAUCGGAUCUAAUAUAAUGGCUUAAGAAUAAGUCAAAUAUCUGGCCAUAUUAACUAUCAUUUACAACUCAUCUUCUCAAAUCACGAGGAAAAACUGUACAACCAAAUCAUUGUUCUUAGUAAAGGCCUAUAAUUUAUGACCUUAUUUUCUUCAAUGUUUUGUUACAAAAAAAUAAUGACUAUCAUGCAUUUUCUUAUUAAAAUUGCGCAAACUAAACCAAAAGGCUGGGAGUUCCAGAUAUAGUAGCAUUCCAUUUCCAAGAGAUGCAUUUUAUAUGCUGGACAAAACAUUUGUUGCAAUGUAUAUUGCUAGUAUUUGCAAUAUUUGAGAACCAAUACACGCAUCUAAACUCACAUAAGAGCUUAAUGAACAACUUUGACUAGAAAAUAGCGAAAUAGUGAAUGACAUAUCUGAAGAUCCUGUGUUGUAGCACCAUUUAUCCCAAAUGAGAUUGACCUAACCAUGCAACGUGACGUUUUCCCCAAUGCCAAUGCAUACAUUCAAGACUUAAUAACAUGUCAAGAAACGCAUGGCCUUGUUGAUGUGAAAUAGGACUUAAAAUCUUCAUUGUUAAGGCUUCACAAUUAAUCUCCACCAAAGAUUUCAAUCAUCCCUUGCACGAACUUUUUGAAGCACUCAAUUGCAGUCCUACCACGAAUCUUAAUGUAGUCACCGACCAUGUCCUUAGCAUACCAUACAAACAGCGGUGAUGAACUCAUAUACUAUCAGUUCCUUGAUUGCUUAAUACGAUUUCUAUAGAAGAACACACUUAGAAAAAUGCUUUGUAUAGAAGAACGAACUUAGAAAAAUGUCGGUACCAAUAAAGAAGCGACAUAUACUCUAGAUGCAACACUUAUGUUAAGAUAUAUCUGAAGUUCUAAACUAACGCACCUAGAUGCCUAGAUUUACCGAUGAUUGUGUUUGAUAUUAAAUUUCUAAUAUAGAAGUUACUGUACCAAUAUAAAUAUUUCCUUGAUAUAAAUAUUCUUAGCCACCCAAAUAAUCUAAUAGCUUGAAAUAAGUUGAAUAUCUAGAAAUUAUGUCCCAUGUUAGCAAGUUUAUUUCUUAACUAUACUAUGUUAGUUAUCCUUAACAACUAUUCUUUUUGAAUUGUAAAGAAAAUUGCACAACAUAUUCAUCAUUCCUUAUUCACGAGCUAAAAUUUCUAACCUUAUUUGUCGCUUCAUGUGUUGAACCGUUAGAAAAUACUAUGGUUGGCAUGCCCUUGUUUUGUGUAUAAUUUGAAUUACUACCAGAAUUAUCUAAACAUAGAGUUGUAACCUAUUUUGGCCAAAUUUUAAUAGCCUACUACAGUGUUGCUAUAUACUUUGGUCAUCCCUCCCCCUUUAAAGCUAUACACUUUAACACUAAACUAAAAUUAUGCUAUUAGCUUGCUAAAUGCCACUAUAACACUAGUUUUAGAGUCAUUUAGCGACCUUAAGCCGCUGCUGCCCGAGGAGGGACGCACGUCGGUUCCAUAAAGCCAUCCAUCUGUCUUACUCCUCCUUGUUUUUGCUAUAUUUAUAUGAUGCAUUGAUGCAAAACUUAGUUUUUCAAUUCGGAUGGUUUUUUUUAUGUAUGAAUAUGUGUAUAUCAAGUAUAUGUGAUGUAUAAUAUAUGAUGCCUGAUUUUAUGCUUUUUUUCAAUUUUAGAGAUUCUAGAAAAAUGCAAGAUGGUUCUUAGCUUCCAUAUAGCUCUACUAUAGAUUUUCAUAGCUUUUGGUCGAGACGCCGCUGCUGCUAAAUGGCAUAGCUUGCUAUUUAAAACUUUAAUUUUUUGCUUACUGCAUGUACCGCUAUAAUCCGGCCCCCCACUGAAGUUGUGGAUUUAUAUAUGUUUUGUUGUAUACCAUUAUAUAUUAGCCCACCAAGUCGACUUUUCACCUCCGGAUAAUAUUGAAAUAUCUAUGUCUUGGUGCAGCUUACUUUCUAGUUGAUCAAAUAAUAAAAUGUAGUCAACUCUGUAAUUCUGUGGGGCCAAAUAAAGUCGUUCCAUAAUUUUCAUUUCUUGGACAGCCGCACGCUGUCAGAGGUGUUUGGUUUGUGGCAGUGAUCUUGUCAAGAAAAAUAUGCUACUUUUGGUUCAGUGUGCCAAUUAUCUAUGGACCACAUGUUGUUUGCUUGUGUCUCAUGCACGUGGUGUAUAUUGACUUCAUUGUCAUUUAGUCAAAUAUUCUUUUGUAUAUCAAAAGCGUUAUAUAUUUUUAAAGGACGUGUAGCUAAUUUUGGUGAUCAAAUUUAAAAACACUAGUCAUGAACCCAUGUGCAUACAUGUGCUACCUAUUUUAGGAAAUGCAUAAAUAUUGUGAACCCACUGAUGGCAGUUUCUAGCAAUUAAUAUAGUAGUUUGGGUGGAGCUUGCUUUCUGUUUUUCCCCCUUUUUUCGGAAAGGGGCUUUGCCCCGGCCUCUGCAUCUAGAACGAUGCAUACAACCAUAUUAUUGAUAAUCAAAAUGGUUCAAAAAAAGUCUUCAUGUCUCAAAAAAGAAAUAACAAAAGGCUCACAAAGAGCACAAACACAAAAACAGGAUAGCCACAACUGGCAGGAAAAAAUUAAGAAAGGAAACUAAACACCUAUCCUAUUACAUGACC